AGUGGCAAAGUCAUUAUCUGAACAAACAUUCCGGGAAUGCGGAUGAAUAAGGUGCCAAGCACCCUGCUCUGUCUCUGCCCAGGCAGUCGCCCAGGUAUAAAGGAAUCGGGGCAAACUAUUCCUGCGGGGACAUUGUAUUCCCAGCGAGAUUUCCCUAAUCCCAUCGGGGAGUCCCUGGGAGUUGCACACCUGCCCCAGGGAUUGGUCCAUCCCUCCCCAUGUUACUCAUUCACCUGACUCGGCUCAGACUUGGGACAGAAAGCCAAGGAGCCGGAGAUUUGCCCCGACCAGUAGGAGGGAACUGCAGGGUCCCGGGGUAGCUGAAUCUAUUGCCCCAGAAGGCUGUGCAAGGAUUGAGGACUGUACCACCACCUGGGGAGGGGGGUGUAACUGAGAAACUGUAGGAAGCUCCUAAAUCGGAUAUAAAUUGUAUGUUCUGUGAAUAAUUGGCCAAUCAAUUGCCCAGCAACUUCAUAUACCUGACAAUCAAUUAGCCCAGAUGGACAAGCCAGUGAGCGGCCAGGACAAUCCUACAUUUGAGAUAGAAGAUGUCAAUCACUAUCAUAUUAUGUCCUCGUAUGAUGCCAAAAUCCCAGAAAAGGAGACACAGAAAAAAGAGGGAAAAAUUCUCAGUGACCGAAAUAAACUGGCAUACUCCGUCACCGACGUGCCCCCCUGGUACCUCUGCAUCUUCCUGGGCAUUCAGCACUACCUGACUGCCCUGGGGGGUAUUGUCGCCAUCCCGCUCAUCCUGUCCAAAGAACUGUGCCUGACCCACGAUCCCCUGACCCAGAGCCUUCUCAUCAGCACCAUCUUCUUCGUGUCGGGGAUGUGCACCCUCCUACAGGUCCUCUUUGGGGUCAGGCUGCCAAUCCUGCAAGGCGGCACGUUUGCCUUCCUGACCCCCACGCUGGCCAUGCUAUCUCUACCCAAGUGGAAAUGCCCAGAAUGGACCCAAAACGUCAGCUUGGUGAACGCCUCGUCCCCCGAGUUUGUGGAGGUCUGGCAGUCCCGUAUACGGGAGGUCCAAGGAGCCAUCAUGGUUGCUUCCUGUUUCCAGAUAAUUGUGGGAUUCUCGGGUCUGAUUGGGUUUCUCAUGAAGUUUAUCGGACCUUUAACUAUUGCCCCCACCAUCACUCUCAUUGCGUUGCCUCUGUUCGAGUCGGCCGGGCGGGAUGCUGGGACGCAUUGGGGCAUCUCUGCCAUGACAACGUUUUUUAUCGUUUUAUUCUCCCAGUAUAUGAGGAAUGUCCCGCUGCCUGUCCCGGUGUACUCCAGAUCCCAGAGGAAGUUCACAUAUUCCAGGCUUUACCUCUUUCAGAUAUUCCCAGUUCUCCUUGGGAUCUCCAUCUCUUGGCUCAUCUGCUGCAUCUUAACCAUCACCGACGUGUUGCCGACGAAACCCGAAAGCUACGGUUAUUUCGCCCGGACAGACGUCAAAGCCAUGGUUUUGGACGAAGCUCCAUGGUUCCGCUUCCCCUACCCAGGCCAGUGGGGUCUUCCGACUAUCAGCCUGGCUGGAGUAUUUGGAAUCCUGGCCGGUGUUAUAUCCUCCAUGGUGGAGUCGGUUGGAGAUUAUCACGCUUGUGCCCGACUCUCUGGGGCCCCCCCUCCUCCCAAACACGCCAUAAAUAGAGGCAUAGGGAUAGAGGGGAUUGGCUGCCUGCUAGCCGGCGCCUGGGGGACAGGGAAUGGCACCACGUCGUACAGUGAAAAUGUUGGUGCUUUGGGAAUCACCAGGGUGGGAAGCCGCAUGGUGAUCAUAGUGGGGGGGGUCCUGAUGCUCCUAAUGGGGAUGUUUGGGAAAAUCGGAGCCGUUUUUGCCACAAUUCCAACGCCGGUGAUUGGGGGAAUGUUCCUAGUGAUGUUUGGGGUCAUAGCGGCCGUGGGAAUUUCCAAUUUGCAGUUUGCGGACAUGAACUCUUCCAGGAACAUCUUCAUCGCCGGAUUCUCCAUAUUUUCGGGGCUCACGAUCCCCAACUGGGUGAACCAAAAUGCUGCGUUACUGGAAACAGGGAUCAGGGAGCUGGACCAAAUCAUCCUGGUGCUUCUAACAACCGGCAUGUUUGUGGGGGGAUUCUUUGGCUUUUUUCUGGAUAACACCAUUCCAGGCACAAAGGAAGAGCGCGGAUUAAUCGCAUGGAAUGAGGCUCACGGUGAGACAGACGACUGCUUAGACAUCGGGGAAGUUUACGACCUUCCGUUCGGCAUUGGAAGCAAGUUCUGCGCCGGAUCCUGGCUCCGUUACGUUCCGUUCUGCCCCAAACCCAGAAAGCGGAGUUCGACAGUCGCCCCUGAAAAUGGAGACCUCACUGACUACACCGAGAGCCGCCACUGACAGUCUGGGACUUGGAUGUAAAUGUGGUGCUAUACUGUAGCCAGGAGGGGGCGAUAUACUAGUAAACAGAUUAACCCCUGCCUGAAAACACCUGGCAUAACUAGAAGCCCCUGUGCUCUGGGGCAGCAAUGGGACUGGGGCUCCCCCUACUGGUCACUGACGGUUUCUUACCCCAAUCUGUUCCCACAAUUCCUCAGGCGCAGAACGUGGGACGACAGGGAUUCCGACUUGAUCCCUCCGCAUUGCCGGCUCUAUUUUAUUCUGUGCUGCAAAAAAAGAAAUCCCCAGUGUCUGCCGGGCCCCUUCCGAUGUCUUAGGGCCCCAGAUACAGUCAUGUAGUUAUAGCCAGGGGUCUUUGUUAUAAUAUUAUAAACAAAAAAGUACUUAUUUGCAUCAGUGAUGGGGGGGGGGGGGAAUUGCUUCUUCUGAUUUCUUUUUUUAUAUAAAGUGUUAAUAUACAGAUAUAUAUGAUGCACAGCAAAUAAACCCAUUUAAUGAGUUAAAUACAU